AUCCGUGUUCUGUCUGCUGCUCUCACCGGUAUAGAUGCUCCUGUGUGGAUUUCCCUGUGGGGAUGCCUCCUGCAGCAACAGUUACUGGGUGUCGGCGCGUAUCGUCCUCUCCUCUCUUGGUGUGCAAACCUGCAGUCUGAUCGGCUGUUGCUAGAAGACAGCUAAGGACUACAGUGUUUCUCGGGGAGACUAUACGUCAUCAUCCGAAGCACGGCAUACUAGGUUGCGUGUAUGGCUGCAGCCUGGAGACCUCUUGGAUUUCGACCUCCAGGAGGAGACAGCGAUGUCCUGCGCCCGUGCUCUUGUUUUCAAAAUAAAAGAUCACAUCUGGUCGCACUAUCUGCAGUUUGAAGAUGGGUGUGACCAACAGGAGCUGAUGCUGACAGUACAAAAACAAGUUUAAUUUCUCAGACGGUCGUUGUCUCUGAGAGCUGAAAUGGCACAGAAAGGAGUUCAGCUGGAUCAGGAAACCUUCUCUUGUUCCAUCUGUCUGGAUCUACUGAAGGAUCCGGUGACUGUUUCCUGUGGACACAGCUACUGCAUGAAGUGUCUUCAAAGCCACUGGGAUACAGAGGAUGAGAAGAAACUCUACAGCUGCCCUCAGUGCAGGCAGAUCUUUACACCGAGGCCUGUGCUGCUGAAAAACACCAUGUUAGCAGUUUUAGUGGAGGAGCUGAAGACGAGCGAAGUCCAAGCUGCUCCUGCUGAUCACUGCUAUGCUGGAGCUGAAGAUGUGGCCUGUGAUUUCUGCAGUGGGAGGAAACUGAAAGCCCAGAAGUCCUGUCUGCAAUGUCUGGCCUCUUACUGUCAGAAUCACCUUCAGCCUCAUUUUGAAGUAGCUCCUUUAAAGAAACACAAGCUAAUGGAGCCAUCCAAGAAGCUCCAGGAGAACGUCUGCUCUCGUCAUGAUGAGGUGAUGAAGAUAUUCUGUCGCACUGAUCAGCAGUCUAUCUGUACUUUCUGUUUAUUGAACGAGCAUAAAGGCCACGACACGGUCUCAGCUGCAGCAGAGAGGGCCGAGAGGCAGAGAGAGCUGGAGGUGAGUCGACAAAACAUCCAGCAGAGAAUCCAGGACAGAAAGAAAGAUGUGAAGCUGCUUCAACAGGAAGCAGAGGUCAUCAAUCGCUCCGCUGAUAAAGCAGUGGAGGACAGCCAGGAGAUCUUCACCCAGCUGAUCCGUCUCAUGGAGGAACGACGCUCGGAUGUGACCCAGCAGGUCCGAUCCCAGCAGGAAAGCCAAGUGAGGCGAGUCAAAGAGCUGGAGGAGAAGCUGAGGCAGGAGAUCGCUGAGCUGAAGAGGAGAGACGGCGAACUGCAGACGCUGUCACAAACAGAGGAUCACAACCAGUUUCUACACGACUACCCCUCACUGUCAGCACUCAGCCAACCUACACACUCAUCCAGCAUCCAUAUCCGUCCUCUGAGGUACUUUGAAGACGUGACAGCGGCUGUGUCAGCCGUCAGAGAUAAACUACAGGACGCCCUGACAGAGACAUGGACAAACAUCUCACUCACAGUGACUGAAGUGGAUGUUUUACAGCCACAACCAGAGCCCAAGACCAGAGAGGAGUUCAUCAGAUAUUCAUGUGACAUCACACUGGAUCCAAACACAAUAAACAGAAAUUUGUUAUUAUCAGAUGAGAACACAAAAGUUUCAUGGACAAGUCAACAACAGUCUUAUCCCUUUCACCUAGACAGAUUCACUGAAGAAUAUCAGGUCCUGAGUCGAGAGAGUCUGACUGGACGUUGUUACUGGGAGGUGGAAUGGAGAGGAUUUGUUUCUGUAGCAGUCGCAUACAAGAAUAUCAGCAGAAAUGGGGACGGGAAGCAAUGUAGAUUUGGAUACAAUAACAAAUCUUGGAUGUUAUUUUGUUCUAACAGUGGUUAUAACUUUUUGUGCAACAAUGUCAAGACUCCUGUCUCUGGUCCUGAGUCCUCCAGAGUUGGAGUGUACCUGGAUCACAGUGCAGGUAUUCUGUCCUUCUAUAGCAUCUCUGAAACCAUGACUCUCCUCCACAGAGUCCACACCACAUUCACUCAGCCUCUACAUGCUGGACUUUGGGCUGGUCGUUGGAUGGUUUGUUCCACUGCUGAGCUGUGUAAGCUGACGUAGACAGAAGUCAUUUAAAGGAAAAGUGGGUUAACUUCUGUGUUUGAAUCCUUCAGCUUGACUUUUCUUCAUGUUUGUUGCUUAGAGCUGAUUGGACCUCAUUCACCAAGCGUUCUUACUCAUAAACUUGUUCUUACACUGUUUUGAAGAAGCUUCUGACAUUCACCAAAGUUUUCUUCUCUGUGAUUUGUUCUUAGCUAAGAACCAAAUCUAAGAAGACUAGAGAACACUCUGACACUCAUUUGAGUGCUGAUAUGACAGGAUCAAAUCACAGGAUUGGAUUUUCAUUCAUUUAGCACAUUUAUAUUAUUCAACAACUUCAAUGAACACCAUUUAAAGGAGUUUGAUUUUGCUCAUGCAAUGACUGAUGUGAACUCCAACAUGUUCAAUUGUGAAUGUAAACUAAGCACUAAGGUAAGAAUGUUUGAAUGAAAAAUCAAAGACUUUUUGACAGGAAAAAAGAGCCACCUUAACACAUGGCUAUUUAAUGACUAAUCUGUCCCAUGGUCCAUGCUUUUUCAUUUUAUUGUUUGUCUUUUGAAGCAUUUAAUCCUUUUCAUGUCAACAUUUCACAUUUUAGUCACUUAUCUUGUAAUCAUUGUUCCCCGU